GUGGAUUACAUCUACACGCCGUUCAUUCGUGCACCAUCUGGUCUGACCGUCUGACUGGCUUAGUGGCGUGAGAGUUCGUGUCAGGUGAAGGUGGUUCACGCAGGUUCACGGCAACGACAAGGCGUACUUCUGCACCGGACUCCGCGAGGCAAGAAACAAGUUCUGCUUCCGUUGAUUUCUUCCCCGUCGUUAGGAAAUGUUACCGAACUGCCUCAGGAACGUCGUCACGCAGUCGUCACGACGAAACUUUGGAAGCUGGAACGAGGUGGCCUCGUUUUUCUUGAGCAAGAAAAAUAAUUAUGCCACCGAAGCCUCGUACGAGACCAAGCCUUUCCGCCUGCACAAACUAGAUCAAGGCCCAUCCACUCAGGUUACGGUGACACGGGAUGACGCUAUCAAACUGUUUAAGCAACUACAUACGAUACGUCGUAUGGAAACGGCCGCUGGCAAUCUGUACAAAGAGAAGAUUAUUCGGGGUUUCUGUCACUUAUAUUCCGGACAAGAAGCUUGUGCGGUCGGUAUGAAAGCUGCGAUGAGGUCCCAAGAUGCUGUAAUCACGGCUUAUCGCGCACACGGAUGGACUUAUUUGAUGGGCAUAGAUGUAUUUGGUGUCUUUGCAGAACUUACAGGCAGACAGGGUGGCAAUGCCAAGGGCAAGGGUGGUUCCAUGCACAUGUACUCUGAGAACUUCUAUGGAGGAAACGGCAUUGUUGGCGCUCAGGUGCCGCUUGGAGUUGGAAUUGCCUUUGCACAAAAAUAUCUGAAUAACGGCGGGGUUUGUCUAACGUUGUACGGCGAUGGGGCGGCCAAUCAGGGCCAAGUGUUCGAGGUGUACAAUAUGGCUAAACUUUGGGACGUACCCUGCAUUUUUGUUUGCGAGAAUAACGGCUAUGGAAUGGGUACUAGCGUAGAUCGUGCUGCGGCGAGCACAGAAUAUUACACUAGAGGCGAUUAUAUUCCAGGAAUAUGGGUGGACGGAAUGGAUGUGUUAGCCGUGAGAGAAGCCACGAGGUUCGCGAUCGAUCAUUGCACGUCCGGUAAGGGACCGAUAGUCAUGGAGACGAUGACGUACAGAUACAGCGGGCACAGUAUGUCGGACCCAGGAACCAGUUAUCGUACACGAGAAGAAGUGCAGGAGGUUCGACAGACUCGGGAUCCUCUGACCAGCUUCAAGGAGAGAAUUCUUAAUUCCAAUCUCGUCACUGCGGACGAGAUCAAAGCAAUAGAGAAUGAGAUCAGGAAAUCGGUGGAUGAUGCCAUGAAAGCUGCCAAGACCGACAAGGAGAUUCCACUGAGCGAACUCACUGCCGAUAUUUAUUCGAAUUGUCUCGAGAAGGAGAUUCGAAACACGACACCCUUUAAUCCUUUACCGCACGUCAAACUAGGACUGGCCAAAAACGCUUAAAACUGCUCAAAAAUUGUUUCCUGAAAUAUUGUAUACUGUACAGUCACGUGCCACGUCUCUUUGAUCUUCAUAGAUUUUCAAACUAGUUGUAUAUAGCUGUACAUGCCGCACAUGAUCUUCUCUUAUUUGAGGAUGUAUAUUAUUUCGUUGAAGAACUACUGAUAUUACGGAAAUGAAUUAAUUUCCGUGUGAACCAUCGCGUAUCGACGUUAAUAUUAAUGCUCUACGCGCACGUAUUAUUUUACGUUACAGCCAAACGCGACAAACGCUCUAAAGUGAAGAGAUCCAGAGUUUUUAAUCAUUAGAGGAAAUUACAUUUAUUUAUAGACUAAUUUAUUUCCAGUACAAGACUUAUUACGAAGAGAGAAUCUUUUUACGAUACGACGUGCGCCUAAUAUCUGAGCUGUUUGUUAAUGUGUUAAUAAAAAAAUUUAAUCUCUUUAAAAAAAAUAAAUUUUCUUUUUUCUUGC